UCUAUUUCAAUUCUUCUCUCCACUCCUACAUAAACGAAAAGCUUCCGGACACAUAAUAAAGAGACUCCCUCCUAGCCUUUCCUCUCUCUUCCAUCACUUUGCUCUUCUCGCAAGCUCUGGACCACUCAUGGGCCUAACCUUCCCGAGCUUGGCCAUGAGCAUGGCGAAGGGCUUGACCUUCGUGCCUCUCAAGGCCCUCCUCCGCCACCUCGUAUACGUGUUCCUAGCAACACUCGCCCGCUCCGGCUUCCUCCGGCUUCGACAAGGGGGAGGAGAAGAAGAAGAGGAGUCGUUGGAUCAGUCGAGCAACAUGGUCCUCGUGAUGGACGGGUCCUCACCCUUGCUGGUCCACGUCCGCGUCGUCACCGCGAUGAUCAAGAAGCGGGUCCCCGUGGUAGAGUACGGCGACCUCCUCGAGAGGAAUGCCGGCGGCACGACCGGAGGGGCAGAAGAGGUGAGGUGCGCCGUUUGCCUGAGCGGGCUGCUGAAGAAGGACGAGAUAAGGGAGCUGCGGAACUGCGGUCACGUGUUCCACCGGCAGUGCUUGGAUAGCUGGGUGGAUCUUGAUCACGUGACCUGCCCUCUCUGCAGAUCCUUGCUUCUUCCCCCUUCCUCCAAAAUGGGGGUGGCGAGGACCCCCGCCACCUCCUCGACCGUCCUCGCCGCCUGCCCCAGCCGUCAACGAGGAGGAGAUACGGCGACGGGCUGAGCAAUCGAGUUGUUGAGGCAGUUUGACAUAGGUGAACUCCCUGCCUCCGGUUAACCUACUUUCAUCACUAUCAGAUGGACUAACGACGACCUAACAUUAGACUUCCAUGACCCGUGUUAUCAUUAGAUUCGUGACAAUGUAGUUAUGACCGGAAUUUGUCAAUCUAGCGAUGUCAUCGGCAUUGCUCUGCUAUGUAAUCUUCUUCUAAUGCCAUGCUUGUCAUGUGAUCCCCGUGCACAUCAAUUUCUCGGAAUCUAUGCCGGUACUCGCUAUUUAAUGUCA